AUGGACGCUUCAAGCAUUCUCAAACCAGCUGAAGUUGCUGUUGCUCUGGUUGAGCAAGCUAUAGCCAAGCACAACACGCGGCUUGACAAGACCUUCUUCAAGGCGUUUCUUGCUGGUGUUAUGUUGUCCUUCGGUGGUCUCUUUGAUCUCAUCAUCACUGGUGGCUCUCCAGCCCUGACAGCUUCGAACCCUGGAAUUGUCAAGGUCCUCGGCGGUUUUGUAUUCCCCGUUGGACUCGUUAUGAUCGUGCUCCAGAAUUUCGACCUGCUCACGAGCAAUCUUAUGAUCUUUCCCAUGGCUGUGUUGAGAGGAGCGAUUCCCUGGUGGAGCAUUCCCGUCAACUGGACUAUCGUCACUUUCGGAAAUCUUGCCGGCAGUCUAUUCUUUGCAGCAAUCUUCUCGAAAUACGACGGACUGAUGGUAUCCGAUCCUUACGCCUCAUAUAUAAGAUCAUUCGCAGUCACGAAAGCUAUCACACCUGACUGGUACCAAAUUUUGAUUCGCGGCAUUGGUUGCAACUGGCUAGUUUGCGUAGCUGUUUGGCAAGCAACAGGGGCCAAGGAAACUUAUUCGAAAGUUAUCGCUAUCUGGUUCCCCAUCUGGAUCUUCGUGGCUUGCGGAUUCGACCACGUUGUCGCAAACAUGUUUUCACUGCCAUUGAGCAUUAUGCUUCAUUCUGAGCUUACGGUCGACCUGUACAUUCGCAAGUCGCUGAUCGCGUCUUACCUUGGCAAUAUUAUUGGAGCUCUCUUCGUGGCCUUGCCAGCCGUGUACUUCUAUCUUGGUGACUGGCAUGCCGAUGGCAUGCGUGAUGCCGAGGAGGCGGCCUACAGAGAGAGCAGACUUUCGGACCCCCCUAGUGAAAAAUGA